AUGGCAUCAUCACCAACCACGCCCUCCCUCUCCCUCCUCCUCCAACCAACCCUCUACACCUCCCCAACCAUAAAAUCCACCCCCCACCUCUCCACCGCCCUAACGUCCCUCAUAAACUCCGCCUUCUACCGCUCCGCAUCUUCAAAUGCCAACUGGAACACUUCGAUCCCACGCUUUGACUCGGCAGACGAGCUGUGUAAGAUGGUAGGGGAUGAAGGAAGUGUGAUUGCCGUCUUGUAUUCUUCUCGCGCCAAAACCAAAGCGGAAGAGUCCAGGGAGAAAGACGAUGGGGGAGAGGAGGAGGAGGAGGAAGAAGAAGGGGAGAGAGAAAUAGUAGCUUGUGCAGCAGCCAUACCCUGGAAGGGCGGUUGGCACCGCGAGGGUUCCUGUACGGAAAGCGGGUGGGAGGUUAAAACGGUGUGUGUGGCUGAGGGAUAUGUGGGCAGGGGACUUGCGAGUCGGCUGGUAGAGUUUCUGGGGGGUUAUUUGUGUGCUCGGCGGAAGCUGGAGGAGAAGGAGGAGGGCAAGGUGACGCUCUGGCUCCUCGUCGCCGACGACCUCAACGGCGCAUACUGGCGGCGCCGCGGCUGGGAAGAAGUCCGGCGGAGGAGGGAGGGGAAGGGGGUGUGGGGGUGUAAGGGGGAGUUUGACAUGGUUGUUUUGAGAAGGGAGUUUCCAAUUUAA